AAGUACAUCAGGCAUAUCUCAAUAACAAACAUAUUAUAACUAAGAUGUUGUUUUUCAGUUUUUUUAAGACCCUAGUAGAUCAAGAAGUAACGGUUGAGUUAAAAAAUGAUAUUGAAAUUAAGGGUACAUUAAAGUCUGUGGACCAAUAUUUAAACUUGAAAAUAGACAACAUAUCUACUGUUAAUGAAGGCAAAUAUCCACAUUUGAAAUCCGUUAAGACUCUAUUUAUUAGAGGAUCUACUGUUCGUUACGUUCAUAUGAGUCCAUCAUCGGUGGAUUGCACUUUAUUGCAAGAUGCAUCUAGAAGAGAAGCUUUAGUUCAAUCAGCUAAAUAGUUAUUUAUGAUACUUAUUUACCUAUUUCCCAUGUAAUAUACGAUUCAAAUUCCGGCAUUUAUAAUUAUUAAGUUUAUUUAUCAACAACAGGCUUUGUGAGCCUCUCCAAACAUUUUGCUCUCAGAUGCCCAUGCUUCUUACAGUAUGAGCAUAUUCGUUUAGAGUUACUGUUAUAGCUUUUAUUAUUAUUAUUAUUAUUAUUA